AUGACGAUGUCAAGCCUUCCCCGCCAUCAUGGAAGCCAGGCGCCCUCAGACAGCACCGGAAUAGCAAUCCUUAUCGUCCGCCUCUCCCACCACAAAGACAUCGACUCAUGGUCCGGCCGCAAGGCACCGCAAGUGCUGCUUUCGUACACGACUACCGUGGCGAACUCCCUCAUGGGCGUGGCAUUUGCUGAGGCGGCGGUGAUUACCUUCUGGAGGGGCGCGGUGGGCGGGAUGCCGGUUAGUAACUUGCAUUAUGUGUGGGCCAGUUCAAGCAGUGUUGUGGGCGCUUUGACGAGUUUGUGGAGGAGGAGGGCUGUGGGUGUUAGUUUGGUGUCCAUCCUCGUGGCCAUCUCGACACUUCUGCGCGGUCCUCUGAUGCAGAGAGCGACCUAUGUCGAACUGGUUGACCUCGAGGAGUGGGACGCGAUCAAGAUUCCAGUUAUGGCAAACAUGAGCGAUGAAUGGGGCGGCAUGCUCAGCGGGCACGCUUUAACGGACCUGCGGUUUUCGCCUGGUUUUGCGGACGCGGUUGCCAGGUAUCAGGCUCAGUCUCCGAUGUCGCUGCUCGGGGCUGACUGUAAGAAUUGCUCUGUCAAUGUGGUGGCCUUCGGUUUCCAAGUCAGCUGCACAGCUACCAACAUCCCAUACAAUCUCACCGGCAGUGUCGAGGCCAUCAUGAACGGUACGCUUGGGGCGACUGUGUUCGACUCAAAGAUCAGCAUCGUCAACGAGUCGCCAAGGGGAAGUCUGCUGAACAUCAGCGUGGUGCGCAAAGUCGAUGUCGGAUACGAGGGCAACCUGGAGCACAAGGUGUGCUUGCUUGCUCCUUCCUUGCUGAACUACAGCAUGUUUCUCGAUGACAACUUGUUGAGCUUCCAGUCAGAAAACUGGUUUGACGCCAAAGCUGUGGAAGACCCUGUUAGCCUGCCACCGGUUGACUCUUUCGUGGCGCCGAUUAACAUGACAAUCCCCUACAUCACCGGCUUCGGCAGCACCAUCCCCGCCCUCCACGCCAUAGGCUCCCUCCUCUUCGACUCCACCUCCAACGUCUCCCACGGUGGCGCCGUAGGCUGGACCACUUCCAACUCCGGUCUGCUCUCCAACCUCUACUACACCGCUGCCACGCCCGCCGCCCGGCGCAGUUCCGAUCCCAAAGAUUACUCCUUUGACGAUCCCAUGGUGGACAUCAUCAACGCGUACCGAGACAUCGCAUUUCGCAUGUCUUUGCAGGCGGCGACUGAAGAAAACGAGGGGUUGUCGGAUAAGGACGCGAAGGUCUUUCAAGAGGUGGAGUCGAUAAGUCACCAGAGCAUGGCGAGGUACGCGAUGGACAAGACGGCGCUGGCGGUGGCGGUGGUUAUUAGCUUGAUUGGUCCCGUGGCUACGUUGAUGUUGUUCUGGGGGUGGUGGAAGUUGGGAAGGAGGUUUACGAUGAGUCCGUUGGAGAUGAUCAAUGCUGUGCUGGCGCCUGGAGAGGAGGAGUUCUUUGAUGAUUAUGACAUGAAUGGAAAUGAUGAAAGGGAGGGACAGUCGGGAGACCGAAACCAGAGGGAGGUGGCUAGGUUGUUGGCUGAGUGUAAUCAAAAGGGUGAUGCGUCGGGAGCAGAUUUGGCGAACCAUGUGAGGCAGAACAAGAAGGGGGAGGAGCCGGUGUUGAAGUAUGGGGUUGAUGGAAGGGGAAAGCUUUCGAUGAAGGUGGUGGGCGGUGGUGGUGUGAGGCGGAGGAGGCAGAAAGAGGGGGGCUUUGUUUCGGGGUUGGUGGAUGUUUUGUUGAAUGAUGGGUGA